UCCGCGCCGCUCCCUCCAGUCCGCCGCCGCGCUCCAGGUCGUCGCGGUUCCAAUGGUAACCAGGUGGAGCCAGAAGAGCCCCGGCCUCAAGAUCCUGUGGAUCUGGACCCUGGGCACCGCCGCGAUCAUGAUCACAAACGUCGUCCGGACGCGCGUCAACGAUAUGCAGAUGAUCCUCCGGGAGGAAGACGAAGCCGCCGGUUCUGCCGGCUCCGGCGGCGGCAGCACGGGCGUCGGGCCCUCCGGCGAGCGCGUCAUGAGGGACGACGAGUUGAAUUGAGCAGUGACUGAAGAAGAGUUUGCUUGAGCUUGAGCAACUCUACAUGGCAAAGUUUGCAAAAGCCCGUAUUUCGCCAGCCAAGACUAAACAAUUCAUCGUUUGAGGUCUCCAGAAACUCGUUUUUCUACGGCUGCAUUUUAUUGGUAAAGCAGCGUGGUAUGUACCUGCGAGGGUCAUGAAACUGUGGAACUGCUUGGUUCCAAAUACUGCUGCCUCAUGUACCUGUCGGUUGCUUAGAAAUGAACCCGUAACACGGUGAAGUUUUUUAUGGUAAGAAAGAGUGCCAAAUGUUUCCAGGGGAA